AGUUUAUCUGCCUGAAACCUCAAGACACGAAUUCUGUCUCUCUGAACUUCAUUCCUAAUGCUACAACAUCUGGCUGAGAACGGGGGCACAGGACUCAGGUUGGCUACGUGCUGCCUGACUCCAGUGCAUGGAUAGCCCCAGUAAUAGUACCAUACCCCGGGGCUUUCUCCUUCAAGGCUUUUUUGAGUUUCCGCAUCUGAGGCCCCUUCUCUUCCUGGUGCUGCUGGCAGUGCACCUGGCCACUCUGAGUGGUAACCUGCUCAUCCUGGUGGCUGUGGUCUCCGUGCCCAGCAGGCCACCCAUGCUGCUCUUCCUUUGCCAGUUGUCAGCCAUUGAACUCUGUUACACACUAGUGGUGGUACCCCGUUCUCUAGCCGACCUGAGCAUGCCUGGCCAUGGCAGGGGCAGCCCCAUCUCUUUCCUGGGCUGCGCUGUUCAGAUGCAGAUGUUUGUGGCACUGGGUGGGGCUGAGUGCUUCUUGUUAGCAGCCAUGGCCUAUGACCGCUAUGUAGCCAUCUGCCACCCACUGCGCUAUGCAUCUAUAGUGACCCCAGGUCUAUGUGCACGCCUGGCUCUGGCCUGCUGUCUUGGGGGACUAGCUGUAUCAGUAGGGCUAACGGUGGCAGUGUUCCACCUGCCUUUCUGUGGCUCCCGCCUGCUGGUACAUUUCUUCUGCGACAUCACCGCACUGCUGCACUUGGCCUGCACACGGAGCUACGUGGAUGAGCUGCCCCUGCUAGGCGCCUGCCUGGUGCUGCUGUUGCUACCCUCAAUGCUCAUUCUGACCUCCUAUGGGGCCAUUGCCUCUGCCCUGCGCCGCCUGCACGGUGGUGGAGGCAGACGCAAAGCAGCCUCCACCUGCGCCUCGCACCUGGCUGUCACCUUCCUGCAUUAUGGCUGUGCCACCUUCAUGUACGUGCGGCCAAAGUCCACUUACUCCCCGCGACUGGAUCGCACACUAGCUCUGGUUUAUACCAACGUCACACCACUUCUAUACCCUCUCAUCUACAGCCUGCGCAACCGUGAGAUCACUUCUGCCAUUCACAGGGUCCUGGGGCUCCGUGGAUCAGGUUCUGUGUGAGCCCUGAUAACUGGCAGAGGCCAAGACAGAGUGGGGAGUUCCCAUUUGCUGAAUUGUCCCCUAGUGUUUAGUGUUGGCAUCUGGAAAGGCUCCUGGGAAUUCGCGGGUGAGAUUCUGGAAGGAGAACUUGAAAACUGCAAGGGAAGAGAGACACGACA